GGCCCCAACCCCCAUUCCAUUCCAAGCCGCGAUCUCGACUUCACGCCCACCUACGGGGACGCCAAACCUCCACUCUCUUUCAUCCCUCUCGCCCCUUUCCUUCUCUUCACUCACCUGUGUUACUGUAAACAUGGCUCGUCGGAUCGUUCGAACGAUCAUCCAACUGAUCAUUCUCUCGGUAGCCCUCGUGACAUUCCUAUUCUUUCUCGACAUCCGCUACUCGCUUCUCCCUACACAAAUCCACAACUUACUGCAGGAACACCACGCGGGACAGGUGAUAACGGACAUUACAUAUCAAUCAUGCCCUCGCGUCAGUCUGUUUGGCUGUGCAAUAAACGAAGGAUGGGUUCGCAUCGAUAAAGACUUAUUUUUGGGCAAGGGGUUGUUCACGCAGGGAUACAUCCAAUUCAAACGGAUGAAGGAGGAAGAGUUGAAUGGGGAAAAAGUUGUUGUUGAUAUCAGGAUUAGGAGAUCAGAGCCAGCUGCGAGCGAGGGCGGCGGUGGCGGAGAUGCUAAGUGGGAGCCUCGGCCGGGUGGUGUUUGGAUUAAGAGGAGUCCUAGGGCGAUUGAUGGUGCUGUUACGGGCAUUGACGUUUUGUUUGGACCGGAUGCUGCAGAGGUUAGGCCUGGAUGGGAGUUGCGCGAAGGAAGUUUGGCGGUCGGAGAGUCGCCCAGAAUUUCGGUUCGGGAGGGUGCUCCCCCGGCCGACCCUAAGAAACCGGUAUUAAAGUUUAGGAGUGAUCAAAAGUUCAAGAUCAUCCAGAUCUCGGGUAUGGCUCCACAAACACGUAACCAGGCAUUAUAUACUGACUAGAAUAGAUCUGCAUCUUUCCACCGGCGUCGGAGUUUGUCGGGACCCGGAACCAGUGGAAACUGCUGAUGGGUGUGAAGCAGAUCCCCGAACACUUGAAUUCGUGGGUAGAAUUCUGGAUGAAGAGAGACCAGACUUGGCUGUCCUUUCCGGUGAUCAGGUGAAUGGAGACACUGCACCGGAUGCACAGACUGCAAUUCUCAAGUUCGCCGAUCUUUUUGUGAAACGGAAAGUUCCGUAUGCAACCAUCUUGGGCAAUCACGACGAUGAAGGAAACCUCAGUAGGGAGGAUAUCAUGAAACUUACCGCGAGCUUGCCAUACUCUCUUAGUGAGGUUGGCCCUACCCUUGGUGAGCGAGUGCUAGAUAAGAAAGGCCGGGGAGGAAGCGAGGGUGGGGUAGGAAAUUAUCACGUUGAAGUUCUAGCGCACAAGUAUACAUCCUCCCUCAUCAUCCUAGAUCCAACCUAACAAAUCUAGGGGUGGUCCUUCUGCUCUCACUAUAUACUUCCUAGACACUCACUCCUACUCACCUGACGAAAAGAAGUAUCGGGGUUAUGAUUGGGUCAGGCCUUCUCAGAUUAGCUGGUUCAAAGAGCUUGCAUCGACACUGAAAGACAAGCACGGCCACAACUCUUAUAGUUACAUCCACCUCGACAUGGCCUUUAUUCACAUUCCCCUUCCGGAAUAUCGUCUCAAGGACCGCCCCAUCGUGGGUGGUUAUAACAAUGGACCACGCGAGGAGCCAACUGCCCCACAGUAUAACUCCGGCUUCAAAAAUGCAUUAGUAGAUGCUGGAGUUAGCGUUGUCAGUGCAGGCCAUGACCAUGCCAAUGAGUACUGUCUACUCGACGACGGCAAAGAGAGUCUGUGGAUGUGCUAUGCCGGGGGGAGUGGAUUCGGAGGUUAUGGCGGCUACAAUAAGUAUCAGAGACGAGUCCGGUUGUUCGAGAUUAACGAACCAUUGGAUAGAAUUACUACCUGGAAGAGAGUCGAGAGAGGGCCUGACAAGGAUAAGAGGAUUGAUGAACAAAUUCUCGUGGAGGGCGGGAAGGCGGUUCAACCGAAAUAGAAAUCUCAUUCAUAUUCUCGUUAUAUCAUGAUCUAACAUCCGGGGGCUAAUAUGCCCUGUAUAUGCAUAUACCUAUGCCUGCACUGUCCUCUAGUGCAUUUCAAUGUUUGCCUGCCCCCACCCUUUUUUUGUUUCUCAACUUAAGUUUGGUCUUGGUAGAUGGUCCGUUGGGGAUUAAUUUAUCUUUUUGUAUCCUCUAGAGCUAUUUUCUCUUUGCCCUUAUCACUCUUUUCCCUCCUACUUUUUGUAGUUUUUUCCCCAACUUUCCUUGGUCAUGGCGUUCUAUUGUUAGUAGUGUAUAUGAUAUCGUAUUAAGGAUUACGGUGCCUACU